AUGAAUGCAGCAUACCGUCUUCUAAUUCCAGCAGCAACUCUCCAUGGAAAAACAUCGAUGGAUCAGUUAAUCGGAAAGUUUAGUACGUUCAUGAUUCGCAAUAAACAUACUUUACCGGAUUUAUCAUAUGAUUAUGGAGAACUUGAACCAGUUUUAUCAGCUGAAAUAAUGAAAAUUCAUCAUCAAAAACAUCAUGCUGCUUAUGUAAACAAUUUAAAUAUUGCCGAAGAAAAGGUUCAAGAAUCUCUUGCGAAAGGUGAUGUAAAAUCAGCAAUAAUACAUGCAGCAGCUAUGCGAUUUCAUGGGGGUGGUCACGUUAAUCACAGUAUUUUUUGGACAAUGCUUGCGAAACAUGGCGGUGAACCAGAUAAAGAUUUGAUGGAAAUAAUAAAGAAAGAUUUUGGUUCGCUUGAAUCGAUGCAGGAUAAGGUAAAUGCUGCUGCAGUUGCAGUACAAGGAUCUGGAUGGGGUUGGCUCGCUUAUGAUAAGGUGAUGAAUCGUUUACAAGUGGCUGUAACGAUGAAUCAGGAUGUACUCGAAUCAACUACAGGUCUUAUACCGUUGUUUGGUAUAGAUGUGUGGGAACACGCUUAUUAUUUGCAGUACAAAAAUGUUCGAGCAGAUUAUGUUAAGGAGAUUUGGAAAAUAGCGAACUGGAAAAAUAUAAAUGAACGAUACCAAAAAGCGAUUCAGAAAUAA